GUGGGGCCGGCCGGGGGCAGGAGCGCGGAGAGAGGACGGAAUAUCCUCUUAAAGGGCCAGUCGUGAGAGGCUCCGAGGUGGUUGCGAAGAAGGGAGAGGGGGAGGGGGAAGAGGGGAGGAGGAAGGAGGCGGGGGGGGGGAGAUAAGUGAGGUGAGGAAGAGGAGAGCACCCCCCUAAAAGAAAGAAAGAAAAAAGAAAAUGUCCCCCCAAAGCAAUCCCACCUCCAGCCCGUACUCCGCACCUCCGCCGCCAAUGAUGAUGAUGGUGAUGAUGGUGAUGGUGAUGAUGGUGAAUACAUUGGAAAGUUUUUUUGGCCCCGGCGAGGGGUGUCAGAUUGAAGGCUCUGUGCGCAUGUGCGAAGGUGUCCGGAAUUGACAAUGCUGGGGAGAUGAAGAUAGCGUGUAGCAGCUUCGGGAGUCAAGGAGGAGAAGAGGGAUUCAGCAAGCCGACAACAUGAGAUCCAAGGCGAGGGCCAGAAAGCUAGCCAAAAGUGACAGUGAUAUUGUAAAUAAUAUGUAUGAGACAGACCCGGACCUCUUGGCUGGUGAAAGUGCAGAGGAAGAGACCGAGGACAGCAUCAUGUCCCCCAUCCCCAUGGGACCGCCUUCCCCCUUUCCCACCAGCGAGGAUUUUACCCCAAAGGAGGGUUCACCUUAUGAGGCCCCUGUCUACAUUCCUGAUGACAUUCCAAUCCCACCAGACUUUGAGCUCCGAGAGUCCUCAAUUCCAGGGGCCGGACUGGGAAUCUGGGCCAAGAGGAAGAUGGAAGUCGGGGAACGGCUGGGGCCUUUCCUGACAGUGCCCAGGACCACGCUGAAGGAGACAAACUUUGGAUGGGAGCAAGUGCUGACUGAUUCUGAUGUGGUGACUCCAGAAGGUUGCAUCAAAAAGAUUGCUGAUGAGCUGGGCAACGAGAAGUUCUGUGUGGAAACUAACCAGACUGGAAAUGGGAACUGGCUGAAGUAUAUCCGGGUAGCCUGCUCCCGAGACGACCAGAAUCUAGCUGUGUGUCAAAUUAAUGAGCAGAUUUUUUAUAAAGUCAUUAAGAACAUUGAACCGGGAGAAGAGCUAUUGUUGUACAUGAAGGAAGGGGCUUAUUCACUUGGGACUAUGCCACCCAAUCUGGAAGAGGAUCGCACGUUCCGCUGUGAAGAAUGCGAUGAGCUCUUCCAGUCGAAGCUAGAUCUCCGGCGGCAUAAGAAAUAUACUUGCAACUCUGUCAACACCCUCUAUGAGACCCUGAAUGAGGAGAUCAAACAGGAGGGGGUCAGCGAUGGUCAGAUCCACGAAUGCAAAGACUGUGAGAGAAUGUUUCCCAAUAAGUACAGCUUAGAACAACACAUGAUCAUUCACACGGAGGAGCGGGAGUACAAGUGCGACCAGUGCCCCAAGGCCUUCAACUGGAAGUCCAACCUAAUUCGCCACCAGAUGUCCCACGACAGUGGCAAGCGGUUUGAAUGUGAAAACUGUGUGAAGGUCUUUACGGACCCCAGUAACCUACAGCGGCACAUCCGGUCCCAGCAUGUGGGUGCCCGGGCUCACGCCUGCCCAGACUGCGGGAAGACCUUUGCCACCUCAUCUGGUCUCAAACAGCACAAGCAUAUCCACAGCACGGUGAAACCUUUCAUAUGUGAGGUCUGCCACAAAUCCUACACACAGUUCUCCAACCUCUGCCGGCACAAGCGGAUGCACGCGGACUGCCGCACCCAGAUCAAGUGCAAAGACUGUGGCCAGAUGUUCAGCACUACCUCCUCUCUCAACAAGCAUCGCCGCUUCUGCGAGGGCAAGAACCAUUAUAACCCCGGGGGUAUCUUCGCCCCGGCCUUACCUUUGACGCCGAGCUCCAUGCUAGACAAGGCCAAGCCGUCUCCCAACCUCAACCACGCCGGCCUGGGCUUCAGUGACUACUUCCCCUCCAGACCACAUCCUGGGGGGCUGCCCUUCUCCACAGCCCCCCCAGCCUUCCCCGCCCUCACGCCAGGAUUCCCGGGGAUUUUCCCGCCGUCCUUGUACCCCAGACCGCCUUUGCUACCUCCCACCCCGCUGCUCAAGAGCCCUCUCAACCACACCCAAGAUGCCAAGCUCCCUAGCCCCCUGGGCAACCCGGCACUGCCCCUCAUCUCCGCGGUCAGCAACAACAGCCAGGGCGUGUCCGUGGAGGAGAAAUUCGAGGGGGGGCUGGAAAACUCCUACCUGGAAAAGCUGAAGGCGAGGAAUAGCGAUAUGUCAGACGGCAGCGACUUCGAGGAUGUGAACACCACCACCGGGACGGACCUGGACACCACCACGGGCACCGGCUCGGACCUGGACAGCGAUGUGGACAGUGACCGGGACAAGACGAAGGACAAGGGCAAAGCCUCUGAGAGCAAACCGGACUUUGGCAGCGGCUCAGUGGCCCCCGGGGCCCCCAACAGCAUCAACGAGGUCCCCGUCUUCUACUCCCAACAUUCCUUCUUCCCUCCCCCUGAAGAGCAGCUGCUCCCUACAUCGGGAGCGGCCAACGACUCCAUCAAAGCCAUUGCUUCCAUCGCAGAGAAAUACUUUGGCCCGGGCUUCAUGGGGAUGCAGGAGAAAAAGAUGGGUUCUCUCCCAUACCAUUCCAUGUUCCCAUUUCAGUUCCUUCCCAACUUCCCCCACUCGCUCUAUCCCUUCACGGACCGCACCUUGAACCAGAACCUGCUGGUCAAAGCGGAACCAAAGUCGCCCCGAGAUCUCCACAAGGUGAGCAGCACCAGCUCCGAGUCCCCUUUCGAUCUCACCACCAAACCAAAAGAGAUGAAGCCCAUCUUGCCCGCCCCCAAGAUCCUCCCCCAAGCCCAAGCUUCUGGAGAGGAGCAGCCUUUGGACUUGAGCAUCGGAAACCGGAUCCGGGCCAGUCAGAACGGAGGAAGGGAACCCCGGAAAAACCACAUUUACGGGGAGAGGAAACUCCUUCCCAGUGAAAUGUUGCCCAAGAUCUCUCCAUCCCAGCUCCCUCAACAGCCCUCCCUGCACUACGCCAAGCCUUCGCCGUUUUUCAUGGACCCAAUAUACAGCAGGGUGGAGAAGCGGAAGGUGACUGACCCUGUCGGAGCCCUAAAGGAGAAGUACCUACGGCCAUCUCCCCUGCUGUUUCACCCCCAGAUGUCAGCCAUUGAAACCAUGACAGAGAAGCUGGAGGGUUUUGCAGGGAUGAAGACGGAUACGGGCAGCUCUCUGCAGCCCCUCCCCCACCACCCCUUCAGUUUCAGAUCCCCGCCCCCAACGCUGUCAGACCCCAUCCUUCGGAAGGGCAAGGAACGUUACACGUGCAGGUACUGUGGUAAAAUCUUCCCUCGAUCAGCAAAUCUCACUCGACACCUUCGAACACAUACUGGGGAGCAGCCAUACAGGUGUAAAUACUGUGACCGAUCAUUCAGCAUUUCCUCCAAUCUCCAGCGGCACGUGAGAAAUAUCCACAACAAGGAGAAGCCCUUUAAGUGUCACCUGUGUAAUCGGUGUUUUGGACAACAGACCAACUUGGACAGACACCUGAAGAAGCAUGAACAUGAGAAUGUCCCAGUGAGCCAGCACGCCGGAGUCAUUACCAAUCACCUUGGGACCAGUGCUUCCUCCCCCAACUCAGAAUCAGACAACCAUGCACUUUUAGAUGAAAAAGAGGACUCAUAUUUCUCUGAAAUCAGAAACUUUAUUGCAAAUAGCGAGCUGAACCAAGCAUCAACUCUAACGGAUAAAAGGCCAGAAAUUCAGGACAUCGAUAGCAAUUCUCAGUGCCACGGGUUAACCAACGAAAAGUCAGAGGAUGUAGAUGAAGAGGAGGAAGAGCUGGAGGAAGAAGAUGAUGACAGCCUGACGGGGAAGUCCCAGGAUGAGACAGUCUCCCCCACAACAGAACCCCAAGGAGCCUAUGAGGAUGAGGAGGAUGAAGAGCCCACAUCACUCAGCAUGAGCUUUGAUCACACAAGAAGGUGUAUGGAGGAGGAAGAAGCCGGCCUGUUAGAUUUGGAGCAGAUGCCGAAUUUUGGGAAGGGGCUGGAUCUCCGUAAAGCGGCCGAGGAAGCAUUUGAAGUUAAAGAUGUGUUUAAUUCCACCUUAGACUCUGAGGCAAUAAAACAAACCUUGUACAGGCAGGCUAAAAACCAGGCUUAUGCAAUGAUGCUUUCUCUUUCUGAGAACGCUCCUCUUCACGCUUCCUCCCAGAAUUCUCUGGACGCUUGGUUGAACAUGACGGGAGCAGCAUCAGAGACGGGGGCCUUCAACUCCAUUAACCACCUCUGAGAGGUCACGGAGGCACUGGGGACAGAGUCCAGAGUGAGAAGACUACCACGCUAUUAAUGCCUCCUCACAGAAAUUCUGGACAACCACAAGACAGAGCAGAGAUCCUCAGGGAAGUCUCUAGGCUUUGGGCUGGGGAAACAAAACUCUUCACCUGUGAUCUGCAACUCCUGAUUUGGGUUUUUUUUGUUUUGUUUUGUUUUGUUUUGUUUUGAAUCUACCCACCGUAGUUUGUCUCUGAUUUCUCAAACUGAACCUCAGAACCCAGAGAAUCCCUGAAGCAGUCCCAGGAUUUCACCAUCUCUAAGAAUAGUUUUUGGAAACGGCUAAUCUGUGGUACAAUGAUAGCACGUUAACAGCAAUCAAAACCUAGUUCGUUAGAGUUGUGAGACAGCAUCUUCCCCUCCCUCACCCUGAGACCAGCUAAUGUAGAAUUUUUCAUCUGAAAUUAAAGCCAUUUGGCCAUUUCAGGGGACCUGAAUGGCACUUCUUAAGGGAAAAGAAUAGACCUAGGUGGGCGCUAAAAAGAUUGAUCACUUUUAAGUUGUUGGGUUAUUGGGAGUUUUUUCAUAUAUAAUGAAAAGGACAGAAAUAACUGUUUUAGUCAUCUUGUUGUUACAGAUUCUCUUUGAGCUCAUGAAUUUUUUAAAAGUAUUUUUUUAAAAAUCUGAAAUUACUUGCAAAUUUUUUUUUUAAACUAGUUUUGCCUUGAUUUGAACUAUCAGUUCCUUCCUGGAUACUACCCAGCCUCAAGCACAGCAUAGGAUUGCCCGUGCUUUUUAAAUCCUUUAGGACAACCAUGGACUUUUUUUUUCUCCCCACCCCCACCUUUUGUUUCCUCUCUCUCUGAUCCUGUUUGUCCACAAGGAAAAGUGAAAAUGAAGGCUCAUGGAGAUCAUAUGUAAAAACCCUAUUAGAAUAAAAACUAAGGACCUUCCUGAGCCAUUCUUAGACAUGGUGUCAUAGCAGAUAGGACUGCCCCAUGGUUGGGACUAAGAAAUGUGCCUGCCACUAAGUGACUUGUAGCUAGAGUUAGGGAACCCCUAAUUUUGCCCCAUGGGAGGGGUCUGCUGGCAAAUGCAUCCGUGGCGCCUGAAUUUCACAGUUUGGGCUGAUGUGAGCCACCUAGGACAUGGAGGUGCAACUGAGGCGAAUAAAAAGGGAGUCCUUGGUCUCUUACACACCGAAUUCUCCAGAGAUCCAAGGGGGUCCUUCUUGCUUCUGUUGUCCCUGGUCCCCACCUCCCUAUUCAAGAUUCGGGGACCAUUGGCCAUCCUUGGGUCUCCCUAGAACUGUGCCCUGCUCCCUGCCACCUCGCUCCUCAGCCUUUUGUGAUGUGGACUGGAGGACCAAAUAGCCACUCCAGUUUGCUCUCUCCGUGGCUCCCCACGGGGGUCAGAGACUUCUAAGCUGCCAAGUUCAUAUGUGCGCCUCGGACUCUGGAUUCACAAGACACUAUUUAACUCCCGUUUCCAAUGUUUGCACAAGAUCUUGGCAAGAAGCGGUUCAAGAACCAAACUGUGUCCACCAUUGUUAGCCAGGCUCUAAGAGUUUAAGCUAGAACAUUCCUUUCCUGGGAACAUCGACCUGUCCUCCAGCACCACAGUACUUGCCCAUUCGAAUGGGUUUUAAAUUAUUCCCACAGGGGCCAAUUUAAAAUAAUAAUGUGGUUUUUUUCCUGAUGGAAUUUACCUUAAUCUGUAUAUAACUUGUAAUUUUUUUCUAAUUCUUUUCUUUUUCAUUUCUUUGUUAACAGUAUUUUUUUUUUGGCAUUAGAUAUCCUCAUUGUGAAAAAAAAUAAUGUUAAUAUAAGUAUCUAGUGAAGGACCAAAAUCGUGUGUUAAGGUUGCGUGUUGUAUGAUUGAUAACCAGGGAGUAGGACAAUUUUUUUAAAUUAAUGUGCCAAAUACCCCCUAAUUGAUCCCACUGUCAUUGCUGCCAAUUUUCCAGACAAUCAUAUGUUGUGUUAAAUUUGAUUUUCGAUUACAGUCGCAUUUAGGAUAAGUGUUCUAUUUAUUUCUUUAAUUGUUUGGAAGGAAAGGAAAGAAAAAAAAAUGUU